GCAGGAUCUGGGCAGCUUAGCUUGUUAGCCUCGUGCAACUUUUUUAUUUGUUUAUUUCUUUUUGUAUUACACCGAUAUUAAUGUUGAGUCAUGUUUGCAUUAAGCGGCCAUCAUUGGAUUCAGAAAUGCGUGUUAUCUCGACACGCUGGUGCUGUAGUGACCACGGUGCGGAAAAUAAAGCUGGAGACUCCAGAUGGACUUGAGAACAUGUCCUCCAGGAGAACAUUUCCAUUUCAGUGUCUCGGAGUAACACACCUGCACACCUCUGUGGGUCAGUGUGGCGACCUGCUCAAGAAGAUGUUCACUAACAAGAGGAAGAAAAGGUGGUAUGAAACUCCUCAGUCUGUCGUCACAGGUCAGUCUGGCUUUAUGAAACCUGCCAAGAAAAGAAGCAUGGAGGACAGUUUAAGAGUGCGGACCCUGAACACCAUCCUUUAUAAAUCCAUCUCCGACCUGCUGACCUCUCACGAGGUUAAUGCACAGAUCCCCAGUUACGAUGUGGAGAUCACUAAAGUUUCAUUGCUCGCAGAUUACUCAGUUUGUCGAAUCUACUGGAAGACAAGUUUGUCUACUGACCGAGACCGUCAGAUUCAGCAGAUUUUGGACAAAUGUGCCCCACGGAUACGAUACCUUCUCAUCUCACAGCAGAUCUUGGGCAGCGUUCCUCCUUUAGUUUUUGUCCUAGAUAAACAGUAUGCGGCUCUGAAAGAGGUGGAAAAUCUUCUAAAGAUUGCGGAUUAUGGCCCCGGUGAUGACUCGGAGAAGCUUGUCCUUAAUGAGAAAGAUGCUGAGACAAAAGUGCACACAGUGGAGAAGAAGAGACUCGACGUGUUCGGCGUCGAUCACGAUGCGCUCUACAAGCAGAUCGAGGACUAUAAACAGCGGUCGAGAGACUCCAACUCGCAGAUCAGCAGCUCGGCAUCUCUCACUCGAGAGCAGCUGGACGCGUUAGCAGAGAUCAGGAAGCAGAAGCUCAUCGAGAAAAAGAAACGCAAAGCGAAGAAGAUGAAAGAUGAUGACAUCACGCCCAAAGAGUUCCUGCUCAUGAGGCAGCUUCAGAAAGAGCAGGAUGAGGAAUAUCGCACUGAGCGUGAUGCAGAGGACAGUCAGGCCUCAGAGCUGACGUGAUGAAAGGAACCACUGAAAAAGAGAAAUUUCUCUCGAUUCUACAAGCUGAUGCAUGAUUGAAAUCAUUUCUUUCUGACAUUUGUUACAUCCAUAUUUCUCAUUUUGGUUUGCUUACGUCAUUAUGUAGUGGGUGUUUUUUUUUGUACUUUGCUUAUUUACCCAUGACUUGUCAUAUUUUAAUAUGUGGGAGGUUCUAGGGCACAAAUUAAGUUGUGAUAGGCCAGGGCAAGACUGAGGCGGAAGCAAGAACAGUAAUUACUCCCUGCAAAGGAUAGAUGAGUGACAAAUGCUUAAAUGAUGAAAGACAUGAAACCGAAAUAAAUUUCAAAUAAUACUUC